ACGUGUGAUGUGCGCAAGAGUUGGUUGUUGUUUUGUUUUCCUUAGCUAACUUAAAAUGUAAUGCCUUUCCUCCAACAUAGAAGAACACUUAGUUGCCUUUCAUAGUCUCUUUGUAAUUAGUAUUCUGCACUCACUCUUUGAACACUUUUUCGCUUCACGCGCCAUAAAUUUACAGUCUUCUCUCAAGUGAAAAUCUGUUGUGCUACAGUGUCCGCUAUCGGGUGGAUCAACAUUGUCCCUCUUCACUCUCUGCCUUGCUUUAGGGGAACAGCAUGCGUGCUGGGAAAUAAUUCGCUAUCAUUAUCAGAACAGAUCUGUAAUCUGUAAGUCAAACAUUUUAGAUUUUGUGUUGUUAUUGCGCCAUGGAUGUCUUUUGGAGAGGAUACUGCACUUUUGUUCUCACAACACUUGUUUUUCAAGAAGUUACAGGAUUCCUGAUCAGGAAUGAAGAGCUGAGAAAGUGUGUACAGGUAAAUGAAGGUCAGGUCAGCAGCAGGCUAACCCUGCAAGAGUGCCGAGCAGAUUCAGCUCUGCAAGAGUGGCACUGGAAUCCUGAUACACGCUCCCUCAGCAACCCACAGACAGGAGGGUGUUUAACUGCACCUCAGAUCCAGGAGCAUGAGAGUGUUUGGCUGCAAACUUGCAGCUCUGAGGAGGAGGAUCGUGAGGGCCAGGCCUGGAGCUGCUCUAAAAAGGGUCUCCUGACGUUACACGGCAGGGGUCUGCACCUGAGCGUACGUCACGAUACCUCCAAGGUCUUCCUUUCCAAAGAUCGUGGGAAAGGCAGCAAGUGGAGGACGCUGGCUAAUCAAACGGUAUGCGAGGAGACAGACAGCACUCUUCAUGGCCAGAAUGUGUUACAAGAUUCUCAGCAGACACUUUCGACUGGACCCCGAAUCCUCACACAAAUUCGAUAUUGGCAUUCUGGGAAUAAUGACCAGACCUCCAGAAUAAAGUCCACUGAAGCAACACAGUCUUCAGAUGCAUCAGCUGAACCGCAAAAUAGCAUCGAGCCGGAUGGACCAUCUGUUAAUGUGUUUACAACAGACUAUGGGCAACAGAGGAGAGGAAACCUAAACACGGUGCCAUAUCUUUGGAACAGGCUGGAAAAUGACAAUGUUGCUUCUAAGCACCUUGGCUUUGUUACUUGGGCUUGUGAUCCUCACUCUUAACAUCUACCAGAACAGGAGGAAGAAGACUGUGGUGGUGCUGAAAUCCUACACUCCGACAGGAGAGGCCAGUCUGCCAGGGUCCCCGGUGCCUAGUGAGAGAGCCCCUCUAACCCGACACCCUAUGAAAACUGCUCAGUCUCCCUCCAUCCAGCCAGGCGAGAUCCUUGUUGAAUGGAAAGAUGGAACAGUCACACCACUGUUUGAAACAUAUCUAACUGACUAAGUGGUGUCUUCUAGAAGAACUGGCUUUAAGUAACUUGCGUUUUGUUCCCAAGCAAACUGACAGACCUGACAGAGGAGGCUAAUUAAUUGGGAUUGAGCAAUAAUAAUAAUCAUAAUUAAAAUAACGACCGUUGUCCAUGGAAUCGCUGCCAAUUCCGUGAUCAUUGGUAAUUUCCAAUGUAUUUGAUUUAUUUGAAAUGCAGCUGUGGGAUAAGUGGGUUAAAGUUAUUGCAAGAAAAUAAUUAUCACAACUUAAGCACCAGUAUAUUGAUCAGGACUCAGAAGUCUCUUUCUUGUUAAAAUCAUUUAAAAUCAAAUCAAUAGUUCAUGUGUGUGUUUAUUCAGUUAUUUGCUGUAAUGACUGUCUGACUGUACAUUAUCCCUAACAUAGCUAACAUCUUUUUUUUAUUUUAAAUCACAGACAUCUGUUAGGUUUACAGAAUGCCAUCCCUCAGUUGAAUUUUGAAAAACUGAGGUUGGGUUCUGAUCAAAGACAAUAUUCUGUGACUUGCCAAAAAGACAUACGGUAACGUCAGGUCAUAUAUAGAUCAAACAUAGCAAAAGAUAUACUCUAUAAUUAACAAUGAAUGCUUAUGUAAGCUGCAUUCCGUGUAUGUAAAAUAGAGAAAUAGGAAUGUUCUUUAAUGGAAAACAAUAAUACAUUCAAAAUAUGCGUCUGAAACUGAUUUAGUAUUGCAGAAAAGUGUUGUUUUUAACAGUGGAUUAUUCUUGAAUUGCAUAAGCCGACAUCUGUAAUUGUUUUGAUAUACUUCAGACAGUUAUCUUGUUAGUGUGAUUAGGAACUAGUUUAAAAUAUAUGAAAACCAUUUCUUUAAAAAAGAACAUUAUUAAAAAUCACGUGUUAUAUUAAUACUUAAUAAUUCCAAUAAAGGACUUUUGACAUGCUUUGUUGCAACUUGCAAAGGGGUGGUGGGGCACCUCCUUAAAUGUUUUGCCAGAUUUAUCUUCAAGCUAACUUUACCUGUUUCUUUUGACGUACUGCUUUGUUAUGCUCUUUUGGCAGAGGAAGAGAUGAAAAACAUGUCUGUGCAAGUGUGUUGUUAGGGUGUAAAGCAGACAUAUUUUGAGUGAGAGAGAGGAGUAAAUGUGAGGUUGACAUGCAAGCACUGGAAUCACAGCUAGGAACACAAUAUGGUAUUGACGUUUCUCACUUCUUCUCAAACACACACAUAAGUUCAUAAUGACAGUAUAUACAAUUUUAAUUUUGAAGCAUGUCAUAUAAAUGAUAUACCAUAUGUACAAAUAAAUGCCUUUUGAAGGAUCUGAGGCCAUUGUAGCACAAAAACAGACAUCUGACAGAGAUACAAGGAGUGAUACAGAAAAAAAUAUGACUUUCCCAUUCAUUACUCCAGAAGAAUCUCACAUUUGAAUUCCACUGUUAUGCAGAUGUACUCUUGUACUGUGGUUGUAGUUGCAUGGGUUUUGCUAAACAGAUAAGCAAAUUGGCAACAUCUACAAUCACAGAACCAACUUUUUUUUUUUUAAGUCAAAACUCUACAAGAUGCGACUUUAAGAUAACCAACAAGAAGUGGAAGGCGUGCCUGUGCAAGAGAUAGGGUGUGACAGCUUUUUGAAAGUUGGCAUAUUGAGCAGGUGUGUACUGAAAUGUCAAAUAUAUUAAAUAAAUAAUUUGUGUGUGUGUG